AUGUCCAACGUCGUCCCUCAGCCAAGCGCAAAGGUGCCGCAGACCGAGUGGUCUUCACUCUAUGAGCAGCAAGAACACAAACCCUCAACCGGUUCCCAUGUAGCUCUGCCAUCUUUCGGCAAGCUCGCCAACCCAGCCCCUUUGGGCCUCUUCGGGUUCUCGGUCACAAGUAUUGUGGUUGGGCUGUACAACUGCGGUGCAGGACUGCCCAACUCCAAUCCACGAGGAAGCUCUGGUCCAGAUCAAGCUGCCUUUGGCCUUGCCUUGUUCAUGGGAGGUAUGAUCCAGAUCAUCGUCGGCUUCAUGGAGUUCCGGUCCGGCAAUACUCUGGGUACCACCAUUCACUCUUCGUACGGCGCAUACUGGAUGGCCUACGCAAUGCUCAAGAUUCCCGGAUUGCACAUACGUGAGGCAUACGGAGAUGAACGGUCAUACACAUUCGCACUCGGUAUAUUCCUCAUCAUUUGGGUACUUCUGACGAUUGUUUUCAUGGUUGCGUCACUGCAUUCCAAUAUCUUGUGUCUGCUUGUGUUUGUAUUCCUUGCGCUGUCAUAUCUGUUCGCCGCCAUAGCCAAUUUUAUCGCAACGUCACUCCCAGAGCAGAGCAUCCAGAUAAACAAAGUCGGAGGUGGAUGCGGUGUUGUCUGUGGAAUGAUAGCGUUUUACUGUGCAGCUGCAGGAUUGAUGUCGCCCGAAAUGACUCCUGUACGGCUUCCGUUAGGUCCUGCUCCAUGGGCUAAGGAACAUAUAGUGUGA